AAGAGUUUUGUGUCAAAAUUGUGUUUACAAAAUAUUGUAUAUUAUCAUAAAAAAUUAACAUGUUACAAGAAGAUUCUAAUGGAGAAAACUCAUUUGAAAUUAUUGAGAAGAAAACUGGAGAUCUAUCGAUUAAAAGCGAAAUCACUGGUAAUUAAAUUGGAAAGUUGUGAUUUUUUGGGUCAGGAUAUUCACUAUACACUAGAUUCUCUAAGCAGCAUAUCAUCUGCGUAUUCCAUUCCAUCGCCGGUGGUUUCCAGUAUGGUGAACGCCGGUAGUACCGGAAACUUGCUUUCCAACGUAGCGCCGCCUACCUCUUUACCCGAUUUCACUAUAUGGCCUUCACCAACUACAUCAAAUGUUACCUCGAGUGUGACAACACAACCGCAACCGUCUACACUCGAUAUGAAACCUAUACCAUCCGCUUCUAGCCAAUUUCCCACCACCCAAUUCAGUGCGGCUAUUCCACCAAGCAAAGGUAUUCGUACUAUAUCACAGCCAAUUGAAGGUAAUCAGGGAGAAUCAGGCGGAGGUGGGUUCAUGGGGUUAGUGAAAGAAGCAUUUUCUAGCGGCGGAGUGUUGUCGAAAAUGGCUGAGAAAGCCAAAAGUUCUGUAGAUUCCAUUAUAACAACAUUGGAUCCUCAAAUGAGCGAAUAUAUAUAUUCCAGUGGGGACACUGAGGUGACUGUCACUUCUGAAGUGGAGGAGGAAGUAGCAGCGGUGAGGGAAGCGUUUCAUUCGGUAUUUGGCAAAGCUUGGAUCAACGGGAUCAAGUUAAAUAUGCCCGUCAAAACAUCGGUUGCUAUUGGUUUUGAGGAAGGAUGGAAGAAUGCCUCAGAAAAAAUUGAUUAUUCCUUAAAAUAUCGAAACACACCAACCAUAUCAAUUGAGAACAUCUUAUUUCAGGAAAAGAAUGAUUGGUAUGAUGUAAACUUAUUAUUGUUACGAGAUGUGGAGAGGCAAAUUACUGUUAAAACGUUCUCGCAAGCGACUCCUUUACCUUUGGAUCAGAUAUUGUCGGAAAUUGAUAGUGAAGGAUCUCAAUAUAAAGACAUGGAACUACCUCAAAAAUUGGCUGUUCAUUUAAAAAAUAAACCUGGUUGGGAACAAAAUAUUACAGGCUUUAACAAGAAAGAAGUUUUGGUUUUGGCUGCUAAAACAUUGAUAAGAGUAUACAAAAGCCACUUGCCUAUUAGCAACAAUUAAGAUUUAAUGUACUUAUCUGUUCAAUGCCAUAUAACUUUUAUAUUUUAAUCGUUUGAUCUUAUGUACAGUAACUUUAAAAAGAUAUAUUCAUAUAAAGUGUGUUAAUGUGAUUGUUAAAAAUAAAACAACACUAUCUA